CCUACGAACAGAAGCUUGCUGGAGGCCAGGGUGGGAGUGAGCUCUGAGCCGCAGUUAGCCCAGUUGCCUGAGACAGACUCCCGGAGCUCUGUGCUUCCUGCCUGAACUUGUAGCAAACAUUAGCAGAUACGGGACCGAGACGCUGACAGACAUCAACAGGUAGUUCUGGUCUUGUCGGGGGGUCCUGUCCGUGCAAGGAGAUGAUCAGACAACGAUGGGGGUGAAGUGGCCCAGAGAUUGGUUCCAAGUACUGAAGGAGAUUUCCAGGUUGGCACCUUUCCUGCUGAGUGUCUUCAUUUACUUUGCAUUGGCGUCACAGUCUUCCUGUCCCGUCUGGCUGAGAGCCUUCCUGAAAUGUUUGCCGAUAUUACUCCUCUGUGCCUAUAUUUUGACCCUUCGGAUAGAUCUGCACACACACUCGAAGGCUUCAAAGCUCCUUGCCGGCCUGCUGUUUUCCGCAGUUGGAGACAUCCUCCGCAGCCUCUCAUCGCAGUUCCAUCUCCUGCACGGUGACUCCAUGUUUGGACUCUCACACAUCUGCUACAUCUGGAUGUUUGGUUUGAAGCCUUUGAACCUGCUGGCAGGCGUUUUCUUGCUGGCUAUAGGCGCCGUCUACUUGCUGUUCCUGAGUAGAUGCCUGUGGGAGCACCAGCCAUUGCAGUGGGCAGCCUACAUCUACAUCGGCUUGAUUGGAACCAUGGUGUGGCGUGCCAGUGCUGGGGCACUGUUCAACCACCAGUGGUCUUGGGUCAAACUGUUUGCCACUGUUGGGGGAAUGCUCCUCGCGGUCUCCGAUUUCACCUACACCGUCAGUGCCUUCUGUUUCCCGGUGUACCACUCCGGAAUGAUCGCGGCCACCUAUUAUUUGGCCCAGAUACUUAUCACCCUCUCGGCCGUUUACAGCGAGAGUGCAGUUGGCAAGAACAGAAAGUAAAGCAAAUCCACCAUUGUCUUCAACAGUGAAGUGUCAUUCUGCAGCCGGUAAGAUACUGAGGUCAUGGCAUGCUGGAAACAAAAGCCCAUGUUUAUCAUCACCGAUUCAAAGCCACAUGCUUUAUUCUUCCGAAGAUAGACACAAAGUGUGUAACUCAGCGGGGCAGGCAACAUCUCUGGAGAGAGGUGAAUGGGUGACAUUUCUGGUCGAGACCCUUCUUCAGACCCAAAAUUACUCCAGCAUUUCUUGUCCAUCUUAGAAACAUAGAAAUAUAGAAAAUAGGUGCAGGAGGAGGCCAUUCGGCCCUUCGAGCCAAGCACCGCCAUUCAUUGAGAUCAUGGCUGAUCGUCCCCAAUCAAUAACCCGUUCCUGUCUUCUCCCCAUAUCCCCUGAUUCCACUAGCCCCUAGAGCUCUAUCUAACUCUCUCUUAAAUCCAUCCAGUGAUUUGGCCUCCACUGCCCUCUGUGGCAGGGAAUUCCACAAAUUCACAACUCUCUGGGUGAAAAAGUUAUUUCUUCGGUUGAAACCAGCAUCUGCAGUUCCUUCCUACAGCCUUAGUCCUCCUCUCUUGCACAUCGCACAUCAAUUUUGUAAAAUAAAUAUAAAUAAAUAUUUUCCUAAAAAAAA